UCUAACAAAAAGAGAGAGAAAACGGGGCGUAAGCUAACCUGCCACUCUACCUUCCCCAAAAUUCUCCCCACAUCGAAGCUGGCCAGAUCUCGAACGCGAAAGCGUCGCCACCGCGCUCUCAGAUCCCGACGGCUCCCACUCACAAAUCCGUCCACCCCAUGUCUCCGGCGUCUCCCCCGAGCCCUCCUCCUCCCUCUCAUGGUUGCAGCGUAGCCAACAGCGCCCAAAUAAGCUCGCCGCCAUCUCCAGAAGGUGCCGUCCCCUCCCUCCGGCGGCGUGACCCGAAGCACUCCAACUCCAGCAGCGGCGGCACCGUGGCUGGUAGCAGCUCCAACUCCGGCGCCCUCUCCCCCGACGGAGAACUUCUCUCUUAUAUAUACAUGUACAGGGCGCAGGAUGGUAGAGUGGAGCCAUCUCCUGCUGGUCGAUCUUCAGACUUUGAGACUGAACCAGCUGAGCAAGGGAAUGCUAUAUCAAAUAAUAUUUCAAGUAGGUAGGAUUUCCGUUGCUGCAGAUGUGCAUGAGUUGGAGGCAUAAUUUGGUAAGGGUUGUGGUGUGCCUGCUUUGUGUUAAGCAAUAUGGUUAUUAUCUAGGAUGGUAUGCAACCUUUGAUGAUCCCAAAGAUGAUUUGUCAUCUGAAAUAAGUUACUUUUUCUUCUGUAAUCACCAUUGGGUGAGCAUUGUUGCGGCAACAGGGCUGGUGUAUGUUCUUGUAGAUAAUAGUAUCGGAUGUAAUUGUAUACAUGUGUAAAAAAAUGGAUAUUGAUAGUACCAAUAUAUUAACUGUACAUCCACAGCAGUUCUGUCUCAAUAGCCCAAAGGGUACUGCUCUACCUCCUAUCCUGUUGGCAGGAAGUCCUAUGUUCAAUCUCAGGGUAACAAACAUUUUUCUGAUCAGGAGUCCCUGACAAUGUGAGAUGAUUCUUUUUAGCAUA